GAUCUUUUCGACUAGUUGCACGCAGUUCAAUCUCAAAAUCUGAUCGAGAAAUUUGGUUGAAUCAGGAAACGGUAUUGGUUUAUUUGGAAUUUGGCCUCAAGUGAUAAACUUUCCGAAAGAUGUCGCUGGUUCCGAUGAUGUUCCGUGAUUGGUGGGAUGAUUUUGAUUCACCGUUGCGUUCCUCGCGUCUGCUGGAUCAACACUUCGGUACAGGGUUGCGUGCCGACGACUUGUUCUCGUCCCUGUCCACUCGCACUCCUGCCUCGCCAUUGCUGCGAUCCGGCUACUACCGUCCUUGGCGCAACACCGCCCUCACCCGACAGGACUCCGGUUCGACCCUGAAUCUGGACAAGGACAAAUACCAAAUCAUCCUGGACGUACAGCAGUUCACCCCGGAGGAAAUCACCGUCAAAACCACCGACAAAUACGUCGUCGUCGAGGGAAAGCACGAAGAAAAACAGGACGAGCAUGGUUUCGUUUCGCGCCAUUUCACCCGUCGCUAUAUGUUGCCAAGUGGACACGACCCCAACGACAUCGUAUCGACACUAUCGUCCGACGGUGUGCUGACAGUAACGGCACCGAAGAAAUCACUUCCAGCUCCAAACCCGGAACGAAGUGUGCCCAUUCAGCAGACGGGACAACCUGCCAAGGAACAGCCUCAACCGCAAGAAUCAGAAGUUAAAAUUGAACAAGCCAAGUAAGAUAAUGAUGAUGCUACAGCAACGGUGUUUGCCGGACGGGCAAAAUUAAAUUUAGCUACUUAUAAAUUUGGUAUUUUUAUUAUUUUUGAUAACGAGAGUAUUAGAAGCUUUUUUAUUUUUCUCUUGGUGCAUUUUAAUAAACUUAUUGAAUAUUUAUUUAUAAUUUAUAA